GAAAACACCAAAGGACAACAUCCUUACUGAGGCUGCAGAAAUACGCAUUAGAGAGGCGCAGGAACAAACAUCACUUUACCUGAUAUUCGAUGGGAAGAUAACUUGCAACAUUUAAGUAUAGACACUUUCAGUUUGUUAUCAAACAAGAAAGACUUCUUUGACAACACUUUAAAGGAAUACCUGGCUUGUCUUCUUAUUUUUGGUUUCUUUUGUAGAAAGUUACUAAGUUUUAGCAAGUAUUAGUAACUCGUUUGAUUUGUUUUGAUUCUUUACAUAGCCUACACGUCAGCUAUAAUUUGUCAUUCAUCUGACAACCGCCGUCAAUGAAGACUUAAGAAUUCUCGAAAUUAAAUCUCAUUAUUUCUCCAUGUGUUUACCGGGCGAUACAAAACACAUUCUUUGUGAACGUCUCACAAAAUGACUGAGAGCAUGAUGAUGAAUGGACAUCUGUCAAAGGAGGUUGUUGGAAGUAUAAGCCUGUCCUGUUUAUAGAUCAAAUUGACAAAAGCUCGGUAGGAAUACAUGAACUGAUUUGAUUGGUUGUUGUAUGGACACGCUAUUUAUGAAAAUGAGCAUUUACGUCUGCACUGUAACCUGUUUAAUGGCUUGCAUACUCUCAGUUCAGUGUGCUGUGGGAGCUGAGACAGUGUCUCAGUGCGUCUCAUGUGGACUCGGGCAUCCGGAUGAGUCGGCACGAAUGGACACAGACUUUCUGGAAGCGGUCAAAAGGCACAUAUUAAACCGACUGCAGAUGAGAGAGAGGCCGAAUAUCACUCAUCCCAUUCCCAAAGCUGCCAUGGUUACGGCACUGCGCAAACUUCACGCUGGCAAAGUGAGUGAGGACGGGAGGGUUGAAAUUCCCAACUUAGAUGGACAUGCUGCCUAUAACGACAUGCAAGAAGAAACAUCGGAAAUAAUCAGUUUCGCCGAGUCAGAUGAUGUGACUCCAUCUAAGUCUAGCCUCUACUUUCUGAUCUCCAACGAGGGGAAUCAGAACCUCUACGUGUUGCGGGCAAACUUGUGGCUCUACUUCAAGCUGUUGCCAGGUGCUCAGGAGAAAGGACUGCGUCGGAAAGUUACGGUGAGAGUGCACUACUUUGAGCCUGGUGGGCAGAGUGUGCACUGGCCCAUGCUGGAAAAACGUGUGGAGUUGAAACGCAGUGGCUGGCACACCUUUCCGCUGUCCGAGGCAGUAAGGGAAAUGUUGGGUAAAGGGGGUCGGCGACAGGACCUGGACAUCCACUGUGAGGGCUGUGAGGCCGCCAACAUCCUGCCCAUCCUGGUGGACCCGAGCGACCCCUCACACCGACCCUUCCUAGUGGUCCGUGCCCAGCAGGCAGAUGGUAAGCACCGUAUCCGUAAGCGAGGCUUGGAGUGUGACGGCAGUAAUGGCGGUUUGUGCUGCAGACAGCAGUUUUACAUAGACUUCCGACUCAUUGGCUGGAACGACUGGAUCAUUGCACCGGCGGGGUACUAUGGGAACUACUGUGAGGGUAGCUGCCCAGCUUAUAUGGCAGGUGUUCCGGGCUCUGCCUCCUCAUUUCACACCGCAGUGGUGAACCAGUACCGCAUGAGAGGCAUGAGUCCUGGAUCUGUCAACUCCUGUUGCAUACCCACCAAACUCAGCACCAUGUCCAUGCUCUACUUUGACGAUGAGUACAACAUUGUCAAACGUGAUGUGCCUAACAUGAUUGUGGAGGAGUGUGGCUGUGCCUGAGACGUCUGCUGGACUUGAGGUUCCAUGUUAUGACAUGUUACAAGAGCAGUGACGGUCAUAUUUAUGGUCUUUUUAUACCACAUGCAUAUAGAUUGUGUUAUUAUUUGUGCACUCACAAAGUACAAUCACACACAUGUGCGUGUGUGUGCAUCAAGCAAUGGAUCAUAAUAUAUAUGACAGGUCAGUACCUUCUAAUGAACAAAAAGACUUUGGGAUGAUAAGGGAAAGGCAACACCAAAUGGUUUAUCUCUAGUUUACCAUUUCUAGACUUAAAAAAAUGGAGAGGGACAUUUACAUCAUUACCAGAGAUAAACUGGUGUCAUCCACUGACAUAAGUACUUAUAAACUGUUCAAGCAGUUGUACAAGCACUGACAUCUCAGUGUACCUCCAACUUCAGAACACCAGCACUUCAACAGCUUUUUCAAGACUAUAUGACAAAUCAUUCCGACUGAGGUCAAAAUCAGUGCGUGUCAUCAUCCCAGUCCUUUCCAGAGCAAUGACUCCAGUUGUCUGUGGCAUUGUUAAAUAUCAGUCGUGAGGCUUUUACUCAAAUGGCAAGGACCUCUGGACAAAAUGCAACUCAAACUACUUUCAGAACUUGCUUUGAAUUCCAAACUUCACAGCUUCCUUCAUCUGGACACUUCAGUGGCUGACAAAUGCUUGCAGCAGUCUGCCAUUCUGUCCAGCUGGUUUACACGAGUACAGCACUUGCGAAAACUCUCAAAAUGCACAAUGUAAAGCACUUGCAUAAUGCAAAGCCUUCAAAAAGGUACAUAGAGGUGGACCUACCCUUGCUCAAAGUCCUUUUAAUAUAAAGUGCCGCAUGAACUAUGCAAUGUAUAGUAAUCCUGAGUCAUGUCAAACAAACUGAAUUCUUUUUUUUUUUUCUACUUGUCUUUAACUCUGUAUCAAUACUUGAAAUGUGAUCUUUCGCUUGCUUUCCAGAGCGGAUGAUUGUUAAGAUGUUUGCACUGAAAAGUUGCUGGAUUAGUUAAAAAAUAAAAAACUGCCAUUGAAAAUGUUUUUUUUUUUUUUUUUUUUUUUUUUUGUAAUAAA